AUCGUUCAAUAUUCAUCCCUUGGUCGGACGAGAGCGCCCGAGAACAGUAGCUCCAGACGAGGGCACGAAUCGACCCUUCCUUCCUUUGCGUCCUCGCCCGCGGAACUGUUCGAUCGCGGCACUGUUCCACCAGAACACGUACAACAAUAUUACCAGAUAGAGCAUCAGAUCCUGACUGUCGCCGUUCGUCCGUUCGUUCGUUCGUUCGUUCGUUCGUCCGUUCGUUCGUUCGUUCGUUUGUUCGUCCGUUCGUUCGUUCGUUAGUUGGUUCGUGGUGAUACGCGGAGAGAAAAUUCGUUUCUUCUCUCCGUCUUUCGUCUAGUCGUAAAGAAUGGAGGGUAAAAAAGUCGAGCAGUAUUACACUCCACCGCCGAAGCUUGGCAAAUGGGAGGGUUUCAGGGUCUUUGUAUGGAACUCCGAGACUGGACAGUUCCUGGGGCGCACAGGCGCUAGUUGGGCCAAAAUAUUAUUAUUCUACGUUAUUUUUUAUGCGGUACUGGCCGGUUUCUUCGGAGCGAUGUUGACAGUGUUCUAUCAAACGUUAGACCCGAAUGCACCGAAAUGGCAAUUGGACAAUUCCUUGAUAGGGAGCAACCCCGGCCUCGGUUUCAGGCCCAUGCCACCUUCGAGCAACGUCGAGAGUACUUUGAUCUGGUACAAAGCCAGCGACGAGGGAAACUUUUUACACUGGACCAGAGAGUUGGACAAGUUCCUCGAAGAGUACCAGAAACCAGCAUCGUCGACGAAUGGCGCCCAGAAAAGGACGAUUUGCGACUACGGUAAACCGCCAGCCCCCGGUAAAGUCUGCGACGUGGACAUGUCGACGUGGGGCCAAUGCACGAAGAAAAACAAAUACGGUUUCAACAAAUCCGCUCCUUGCAUCUUCCUUAAGUUGAACAAGGUGAGCGAUACGACGGAGAUCUCGAGUAGCAAAGAAUUAAUAUUACUAUAAUAUAUAUAUUACAUAUAUUAUAUAUAAUAUACUAUAAUAUAUAUAAUAUAUAUAAUUACUAUAAUAUAUAAUNCGGGUGAAAAUCCCGCCGAUGUUGAGAACAUGGGCGCGAUUCAAUACAUCCCGCGUCGUGGUUUUCCCGGUUAUUACUUCCCUUUCACAAACACCCCCGGAUACCUCAGCCCCCUCGUAGCAGUUUUCUUCGAGAGGCCUAAAUACGGUGUAUUGAUCAACAUCGAGUGCAAAGCCUGGGCGCACAACAUCAUCCACGAUAGAUUCGAGAGGCGUGGCUCGGUGCAUUUCGAAUUGAUGGUGGAUUAAGAAAGCGGCAGCCACACCUUUUU